UACAUGUCGUACAUACAUAAAUGUGCCUUUACUUAGCAACCUGCUUCUUCAUAGGAUCUUGAUAACUUGAGAGUGUUGAUUCAUCACUAAGACAAAAUGCCUACAUCAGAGGAGCUGUCUGCAGUGAUAGGCAACUAUAACAAGCUCCAAUACUUUGAGGAACUGUCACAUGGACUGAGGGAUUCACUAAAGAAUUCGUUGUUUACCGACGUUCAGAUUGAGGUGGAUGGGGAAAUCUUCAAUUGUCAUCGUAUAAUCCUAGCCUCCAUGUCUCACUACUUCAAAACCAUGUUUACCUCAAAUUUUAAGGAGAGUGGUUUGCCAAAAGUACACCUGAAGGACUUGGAUAAAGAGAUCUUUAAGGCUGCUUUAGAGUACAUAUACACAGGACAAAGUUCAGUCAAGAACAGCAAUGUCUACCACCUGCUCUCCUGCUCAUCAAUGCUACAAAUCAAGGGUCUUCAGUCCAUUUGUAGUGAAUUUUUAAGGAAGAGCUUGUCUCAUAACAACUGUAUUGGGAUCUGGAAAAUGGCUACCGGGCAUGGACUACCAGAGUUGCAAGAAGACAGCUGGAACACCAUUCAGCAGAAAUUUCCAGAAGUUUCCAAAUGUGAAGAAUUCCUACAUGUCACAAAGGAUGAACUCAUUCUGAUCAUAGGCUGUAAGGAUUUGUUCACGAGUAAGGAGGAGGAUGUUUGUGAUGCUGUGCUGCAGUGGGUUAGGGGUGACAAAGCCAGGAAGAAGGGGUUAAAGGAAGUGUUCCAGGUCCUACGCCUAACACAGAUGUCUUUGGAUUACCUUUGUAACAUCAGAGACUGUGAGGAGAUAGAAGAAUGCUCAGGGUGCCGUAGUCUUGUCUUAGAAGCCAUUGACAAAAUUAACUCUGCCCUUCCCAAUGAAUAUACUUGUCCAGAAUCUGAAUACAGACAAGAAGAAGUGAUCUGCAUGGUGGGAACAAGAAGUCGAGAACCAAAUCCUCAAAAGAUCGAAGUCCUGUGCUACAGCUUCAGACACAACAGUAAGUUCAAACUAUCUACACUCCCAGUAGAGCCAGGACCCUGUUUUGCAGUUUGUAUACUGAACAGGGAUAUCUACAUAUCUGGGGGUUAUAAUGAACAAAACCUGAUGCUUCACUUCAACACAGAGCAAAACAUGUGGACCGAGUGCAAGAAGAUGGUGAUCGAGCGGUGGUCUCAUUCCAUGGUAGCUGUCGGUAAACACCUCUACUUAGUAGGAGGAACCUCCAAGACCAAUGAAACCCUGUCUAGCAUUGAAAAGUUUGACCCAGAAACAGAAACCUAUGAAGAAGUAGGUCAACUAGAAGUUCCUGUGUCUUCCAUGACCGCUGCUGUGUUUGGUACAAAAAUUAUCACUUUUGGGGGAAAGCUGAAAGAUCGAACAGCUGCUUCUGUCAUUCAGUAUUUUGAUGUUGCCACAAAAACAAAGGGGUUACUAGGAAACCUUCCAGAAACAUGUGCAGGCAUCAUGGGAAGAGCUGUCCACUUUGAGGACAAAUUAAUCAUUAUUUUUAGGGAGGGACAGAUUGUGGAGUAUUCCGAGGACAGAGGAGCCUCCAUAGUCUGUAACAUUGUCAAAUUUGAUCAUUUUGGAGCUGUGAUGCAUGAAGGAGAAGUUCUUAUUCUAGGAAAUCGCAGCGGAACUUUCUAUGCUGUCCUUUUCAAUCCACAUAGUGGGAAAGCUAGAAACAUUCCAGCACCCUUCAAGGCUCCAAUGUGUAACUUCUAUUGUCUGCAAACCAUUGUCAGCAAAAGGUACCUUAAAUGAGCAGCCUUUGUUUAAAAUACUCUUUCCUAAAUAAGAAUGUCAACAUAGCAGACUGACUUAUUUCUUUAAUGGGAUAAAAUGAACAAUACAUAUAUAAAUUGAUCAAUGUUGGCCACAUGCAGUAUUUUUUAAUAAAGUUGGCUCAAAUUUUUUUGUUAUAUUCAUUUUGUGUCUUUUUUUAACAUGUAAUUUUUCAAUAAUAUAUUUUUGCACUGUACAGGAUGUAAAUCAUGACUAAUAUUUCGCUCUCUCUUGUGUACAUGCUUACUAUAAUUCAUAGUAGUGAGUGUUGUUUAAAUAACUUGUUAUAGUCCUAGAUCUUUGCCCUAAUUUUUUUAAACAAAAGACUUAUUUAUAUUUCUAUGCAAAAUGCAAUUGAAUUUGUGUUUUAACAUAUUAAAGACUUUUUCUCUCACUCUAUCCUUUGAUAAGUUAAUAUUUAUUGGUUUAGAUGCACCAACUGUUAAAAAAAGGAUCUGUUGUAAAUUUAGAUGUAUACAGUUGAUUUCUGACAAGACUUCUUUGGAGACAAAUUUAAAUUUUUGAAACGAUUCUUUCUACACCCCCACCCCCCUCCUCUGUUAGUCUGUUUCAGAAGAUGCCAUUUGUUCCCUAAUCAGGAAUAAUUAUACCUAAAAGCUAGAAGAUACUCAGUAUUUGCUGAAGUUAUGUAUGAGGUUAGGUUUUAAUUCAUAAGAUUUAUAAUAAUUAGACCAAGUUUAAUUUGAUGGUAGUAAUUCAUACACAUAUCUUGCCAAGUAUGACAUAUUUUUAAAGUUGGAAGAUAAUUCAUGGAGUUCAUAUUAAUACUUUUAUAGACAUAUAUUUUUUUUUUUUUUUUACCUAGGUCAAUGCAAUUGCUGGAAUUCAGAAAUCCCUUAAUGAAUUACCUCAGGUUACUAUUUUUGCUUUUAUUUAUUUUUUUUAUUUGAUUGAUUAUUACUCUAUUAUUUUUGUGCAUGUAUAUGGUUUUCCACAUGUUGCAUUUUAAAUUUUGGGGAAAAAACAAUAGAAUUGAUUUUGAAUGCCUUUUGAAAUUAUGAACUGUGUUUCUAUCCAAAGAAAUUAUAAUCUUGUGUAAACAUGGUAAGCAUUGUAAAUUUAUUAUUACUGCCAGGUCAGUAUUAAUAGUUUGUGUACUUUAUAUAAUGUUAUGGACCUAUUUAAUACAUAUGGAUCCCUGUUGUUAAUCUUCACAAAUUUUACUCAACUUUCAAUGAAACUUUGUAACCAUGAUUUAGAGUAAUGUCAUCUCCUAGUAUUUGUUUCGUGAUUGUAACUACUUAGAUUUGUUUUAUUUAUAAUGC